AUGUAUGAACUCUAUGCGCUCGAAGCAGGUUUUUCUGUAAAAAAAGGUCAAACUAAAGUCUGGAAUGGAAUCCCCACACACAAGUAUCUCCGAUGCUCAAAAUAUGGGAAACCCCAACCAAAGCGGACUUUUGACACCCUAGAUGAAUCUUCUGUUAAGCACCGGAGGACCACCUUCUCAUGGUGUGACUGUAAGGCAAGCAUACUAGUAUCGAUAUCGAACGAUUCAUACACAGUCCUAACUUUCAAUGAUAUUCAUAAUCAUGAACUUGUUGAGAGUUACAACCGUGAUCUUAGUAAGAUAUCACGGAAACUGUCAUUCUCCACGAAACAAUUCAUUCAUAACAUGAGUCUAAACCGCAUUGGACCAAUGAGGUCUUAUAGAUGCCUUGUAGCUUUAAAAGGAGGGCAUCACAAUGUCAAUGGGACACCGGUCGAUUUUAAAAACUUUAGCCACCAGCUGCGAAUUUUUAUUGGUGAACGCGACGCACAAGUUUUCCUAGAACGCUUGCGUGAGCGUUAUGACAACCUACCCAACUUCUUUUUUGAUUACACCGUAUCAAACGGAAAGUUGUCCUCUGUAUUCUGGGCUGAUGAGAUUUCAAAGCUUAACUACAAAGCUUUUGGCGAUGUCCUAGCGUUUGAUGCAACUUACAGCACAAACAGGUACAAGAUGGUUUUUGUGCCAUUCACGGGUGUGGAUCAUCAUUUCCAAUGUGUUACAUUUGGAGCUGGUUUGAUAUCAACUGAGUCAAUUGAAUCUUACGUGUGGUUGCUUAAGGCUUUCUUGAAGGCACACGGUACUCAACCAACUCUCGUGCUGAGUGAUCAAGACCCAUCCAUGCUACAAGCUGUUCCUAUGGUCUUUACAGAAUCACGUCACCGUCUAUGCAUGUGGCAUAUAAUGAAAAAACUACCAUCCAAGAUCUCAGCCGACGUGCUCGAUAACACUGAUCUUCGGUCCUGCAUUCAUCGGUUGGUUUGGAAUGUUUAUAUCAAACCUGAAACGUUUGAGUCCCGCUGGAAUGACCUCCUACAAACAUUUGGGCUUCAAGAGCACAGCUGGUUAAACGACAUGUACAACAUGAGACAUCUCUGGGUUCCAGCCUACUUUAGAGAACUGCCCAUGUGUUGCUUGAUGAAGACCACCUCCCGAUGCGAAAGCUCUAAUGCUGCCUUCAAGGUUAACUCAACAAGCGCAAACACGCUUGUACAAUUUAUGAUGUGCUUUGAAAAUAGGGUAGACAGCCAACGAUAUCGUCAACGUGUUUCGGAGUUCAAAACCUCUUCUACCAUGUUCUCUGGCAAUACUGAGUUAGCGAUAGAGCAACACGCGUUCGCCAUUUACACAAACGCUGUUUUCGCCCAAGUGCAAAAAGAAAUAAUUAAAGGUAAGUUUUUAUGCUACAUCACAAACCAAAGCGAGACGAGCGAUUCCAGUCUUCUGAUAGACGUCACUCAUUUGGAUAAAAGGAACAACAUCACAAAUGUCUAUCAGGUUACGUACAACAAUGUCGAUCAAUCGGCCAAUUGCUCAUGCAGGAAUUUCACACGUAUCGGGUAUCUGUGUCGCCAUGUCUUUUGUGUCUAUCGCUUGAAAAAUGUUGAAAGGAUUCCACCACAAUACAUAAACGACAGGUGGCGCCGAGAUGCCCUCCCCAAACAUGUUUUUUCAAUUUCCAGUCGAUACGGAGUCAACCCACACGCACCGUCCAUUAUGCGGAAUGAAAUCCUCGACCUCGUUAUUGAAUGCGUAGAUGUUGCUAGAACCGAUGAGGAUGCGUUGGCAAAACUGGUUGACCAACUCAGGGAUUUCAAGAUCAAUAUUCUUUCCAGGCAACCCUUGGCAACAACUGAAAAUGAAUCAAAUGAGGCUCAAAUGGAAGAAAUAGUUGGGCAACCAAUCAACAUUCCAGUCCAAGUUGCUAAUCCAGAAGUUGCACGCAAUAAAGGAUGUGGUACUCAUACUCGCAUUUCUGGGCCCGGUGAGAAGGCCAAAGCAAAACCACCAAAACGUCCAAAGCAGCUUCGCUUAUGCAAGCGUUGUGGUCUGUAUGUCGACGACCACGACUCACGCAACUGCCUUAAGGUGGCUGCAAUGAAAGCAGCAAAGGCAGCUGCUGAACAACUAAGGCAGACUGCCACUGGCGACUGA